AUGGGAAGUAUAUGUGCGACGAAUAAAACACCCGCUUAUUUAGAUAAAACUAGUUUAAUUGAACUUCAAAAACAUGUCGAUGAAUUAAAUGAAAAACGUGUUAACAUUUUAAAAUGGAUGGAAGAUAAUCUUGACAAAAAGGGAACAGUAAACGAAUAUAAAAAUUUUAAUGUAAAAACCUUAAAGGAGGAACAACAACGGUCAAACUGGCUUGAAGCAUGGGAAAGAGAAAAAGAAUUAGUAGCACAUCCAUCAUUAGUUAGUUGA